UAUUUUUUCUCCUUUCUUCGCAGCUGUCCGGCAGAGUUCUUCCUUCCAACCUCCAUUAAAACGACAUGACAGCACCCGACCUUCCACUUUUUCCGAUGGCCGAAGCCAAAACUGUCUAUCAGCGUCGACGUUCUUGAUCCGCUGCCCUCUCUCUCGUUCCCGUGGAAAUGCGGAAGCGAUCCACUGUCAAUGGAGAGGAAGGAUAAUCUUCCGCAACGGGUGCCGACAAGCAACUUUUCUCGUCAGAUCACCGGAGGAACGAGUCUGACAUCCUCCUCCUCUUCUUCUUACUCCUCAGCUAGUCCGCCCGAUUUUCUCCGCCACGUUCACGCUGUGUUGAAGCAUCGCAGACCUCUAGCUGCGCGGCCCGUUCGUAUGAUAGAUCCUCUGGGGAAACAAUCGAUGCGUAGUAUUACUUCUGUGCUUCCAUUGAGCCAAAGUAAUGCUGCGAAGGACGUACGCCAAACCCUAGUACCGGAAGCAGCAACAAGAUUGAUGAGCGAAGAACCUGCAGAAAUGGGGACGACUCCAAACGAUUCAUCUCUCACUCCUCCAUCUGAUAGUUGUACCUUGACUGGUGUUCAUGAACCGAAGAUUAAAUCGAACAGCUUUGAUCGGGAUGCAGAGAUUGCCAGAGUUCGGGAAGAGGCAAGUUUGGCCGCCUUUCAAUCUUCAUUAGAAUUAAAGUCCGAAGUUGUUCUGGCCAAUGAUGAAUUGAAGCAGAUUCAACCUUCUUCUGCCUUCAGCGAGCAGCAAACAUUUCAGAUGGAUGAAGGUGUUUCAGGGAACAGGAUAAAUGCGGACGAGCAGGGUCUUUAUCAACAAGGUGCUCAGAACAUGGAAAUCUCUGGCUCUGGGGUACACUUUUCUGGGGCCAUGGACAAGGUGAAUGAGCAGAACCACAAACAAAAUUGUUUUCAACCAGGAACACGGUGUACAACACUAGCGUGCUCUUCCUGUGUGACAACAAUUUCUGUCCAUUCAUGCCCAACAUUUCAGUGCACAAGUGCUCCUUCGCUAGAACAGAGUGCAAUUUCCACACAAAUGGUAGGGUCUGCAUCACAGAACUUACUAGGUAUAUUGGGUCCUCCUCAUCCGUCAAUGCAGGAUAAGCAAGUUUUUCAUAACAGUGAAGACAUGGUGAAGAGAGAAGUAUCAUAUAAUGCUGAUUGCUUGCAGUCUCAGGCUGUUUCAACAAUUAAUCCAACCUCAAAACCAGAUAUCAACCCCCCUCAGCUAAGCAAUGUUGAAAAAUCCUCCCGGAGAAAGAAGUAUGAUCCCAAUUUAUUUUUUAAUGUCAAUGGAAAGCUAUAUCAAAAACUUGGAAAAAUAGGAAGCGGAGGGAGUAGUGAAGUGCACAAAGUUAUAUCAGCAGAUUGUAUUAUAUAUGCCCUUAAAAAGAUCAAGUUGAAAGGCCGUGAUUAUUCGACAGCUUACGGAUUUUGUCAAGAGGUUGGAUAUUUGCACAAGCUGAAGGGGAAGAACAAUAUCAUUCAACUCAUUGAUUAUGAGAUAAAACUUUGCUGCAAGAAGCUAUGGAGGGAUCCAUAACUUCAAAGGAUGGAAGGAUUAAAAAUGAGGAAUACAUCUACAUGGUGCUCGAGUAUGGUGAAAUUGAUUUGGCUCACAUGCUUAUGC